AUGAAAAUAUUUAUUAUAAAAAUAAUAUUAGUACUCUUUAACUAUGUAUUAUUAAGUUAUUCAAUAAAUCAAGAUUUAAAUAUUUUAAAUGUAUAUGAUGUUAGAUUUGCACAAACUCAUGUUAUACCAAUUGAAGGUAAAAGUUGGAUACUUAAUAAUAAAACCUAUACAUUAACGAUUGUUGGUAAUAGAGAUUCAUUGUUAUUAGUUAAAUUUAUUGAUAUAUCAAUAACAGGAACAUCAUCAAUCAAAACAGUAACAACAAAAACAACCAAAGAAGAAAUAAAAGCAACAAUAUUAACAAACACAUAUAAUGUAAUGGUAUGGAAUAAUGAUAUAGUAAUGGGAACACGUUUAUUAAAUGAUCCAAAUCAAUUACCACCAACAGAAUCAAAUGGAGAACAAUAUUCAAAUGAACAUCAUAGUAUAAUGAUACCAAAAGAAUGGGUAAAACCUGGUAUGAAAUUGCAAUUUUUUGAAAAUUCAAAUAGUUUUAUAAAGAGUUCAAAAUUUAUAUUUCCAAAUGUUGGUCAAGAUUAUACAUUAAAAAUGUGGACAUUACCAUUUUAUUUAUUUGGUGCAAAUGAUACAAAUACAAGACCAUUCAAUCAAACUAAAAACAUUGAUGAUAGUAUAAGUGCUGGUUUAAGUCAAGUUUAUUCAUGUUCAAAUAUUUUAUCAUUAAAUCAUCCAAUUCAAAGGGUAGAUUGGCCUUAUUUAGUAUUAGGACCUAGAAAUGGUUUACCUGGAAUGUUAAUUACAAAUUCAGAUCAAAAAAAAGAUGGUUAUGCAAUAAUGGAAGGUGUAUUAAAUAUUUUAACAGGAAUUAGAGUUGCAUUUGGUGAAUCAACAUCAUCAAUUCAAAUAUAUGCACCAUUAUUACAUUUAGGUGCAAAUGGUAAAUAUGCUGAUACCUAUGGAGGUUUAGGGGGAAGUUCCAGAGGUACAGGAGACUAUAGAUAUUCUGAUACAUUUGUACAUGAACAAGGCCAUGCUAUGGGAUUACCCCAUGCAGGGGAAGCUUUUGCAUCUGGCUCAUACCCCUAUGUAAAUGGUAGUCUACUAGGAUCAGAAUGGGGUUUCGAUAUUAAUCAUUAUGAAUUCCUUAGUAUUACCCUUUCAAAUACAUCAAAAAACUAUAAAGGAUGUGAAAAAAAGAAUGUUAAAGAUACACAAAAUCGUUGUGUUAAACAAAGUGUUAUGCAAAGUGGUGCAGGUGAUAGAUCAUCAAAUUAUUUAUUUAGUAUGUUUUCCGAUUUUGAAAUGUCAAUUAUUCAAAAUUAUUUUAAAAAUUCAAUUUACUAUGAUGAACAAAUUGGAAAAUAUAAAAAAUGGAAUGAAACUAUUGGUUCAUAUUAUGAAUAUAAACCAAUUACAAAAGAUUAUGGAUUCUAUAGGCUAGAUGAUGGUAUACCAAUUGAAAGAGAUAUUGAUGUCUAUACAAUUGUAUUUACCUAUAGUUUGGUUGGACCUGAACCAUUAUCACAAAUUUAUCCAUUACUUAAAUCAAAAGGUAAUUUAAUUAGACAAUUUGAUCCAACUAAUAAAACUGAAAUGAAAUUAAUUACACCAAAUACCGGUUCAAUUCCAUGGUAUUGUUUUAAUAGUGGUUGUGAUUAUACAAUUAGAGUUACCUAUGAUGAUGAUUCAAUUAAACAUAUACUCCUUCAACAAGGUAAACGUCAAUAUUGGAAACCAAUGGGUGAUUUUAAAUUAAAUUUUAAUGAUCCAACAAGUUCUGAUAGUUUCUUAUUAGGUGUAAUAAAUGUUAAAGCAAUAAAAACAAUUAAAAAGGUUGAAUUAUUAGAAACUUUAAUGGCUUGGAAUGGAAUAUCUAAAAAUUCAAAACUAUUAACAUUUAAAUUAUUUUAA